GUUUUGCAGGUCACCUAGCCCAUUCGUGGCUUCCUCUUCCCGUGCUCAGCCAUGGCCAGCGAGAGCUCACCCCUGCUGGCCUACCGGCUCCUGGGGGAGGAGGGGGCCGCCUUCCCCGUUAACGGGGCCGGGGGUCCUGGAGGGGCGUCUGCCCGGAAGCUCUCCACCUUCUUGGGGGUGGUGGUGCCCACCGUCCUCUCCAUGUUCAGUAUAGUUGUCUUCCUGAGGAUUGGGUUUGUGGUGGGCCACGCGGGACUGCUGCAGGCCUUGGCCAUGCUCCUGGUUGCCUAUUUCAUCCUGGCGCUCACCGUCCUCUCUGUCUGUGCCAUUGCCACCAACGGAGCCGUGCAAGGGGGUGGAGCCUACUUCAUGAUCAGCAGGACGCUGGGGCCUGAGGUCGGGGGCAGCAUCGGCCUCAUGUUCUACCUGGCUAACGUCUGUGGCUGUGCCGUCUCCCUGCUCGGGCUGGUGGAGGCUGUGCUCGACGUCUUCGGGGCUGAUGCCACAGGGCCCAGUGGGCUCCGGGUCCUGCCCCAGGGCUAUGGCUGGAGCCUGCUCUACGGCUCCCUGCUGCUGGGCCUUGUGGGAGGGGUGUGCACCUUGGGAGCUGGCCUCUACGCCCGUGCUUCCUUCCUUACGUUCCUGUUGGUCUCUGGCUCCCUGGCCUCCGUGCUGAUCAGCUUUGUGGCCGUGGGGCCCAGGGAUAUCCCCUUGACCCCACGGCCGGGCCCCAACGGCUCCUCCCUGCCGCCCCAGUUUGGCCACUUCACCGGCUUCAACAGCAGCACCCUGAAGGACAACUUGGGUGCUGGCUAUGCCGAGGACUACACCACGGGCGCCAUGAUGACAUUUGCCAGCGUCUUUGCAGUCCUUUUCAACGGCUGCACAGGCAUCAUGGCCGGGGCCAACAUGUCCGGGGAGCUGAAGGACCCCAGCCGUGCGAUUCCUCUAGGGACAAUUGUUGCUGUCGCCUAUACCCUCUUUGUCUACGUCCUGCUUUUCUUCCUCUCCAGCUUCACCUGCGACAGGACCUUGCUGCAGAAAGACUACGGGUUCUUUCGAGCCAUCAGCCUGUGGCCCCCGCUGGUGUUGAUUGGCAUCUAUGCCACGGCGCUCUCGGCGUCCAUGAGCUCGCUCAUUGGCGCCUCGCGCAUCCUCCAUGCCCUGGCCCGGGAUGACCUCUUUGGAGUGAUCUUGGCUCCAGCCAAGGUUGUAUCCCGAGGGGGAAACCCCUGGGGGGCUGUACUGUAUUCCUGGGGCCUGGUGCAGCUGGUGCUCCUGGCUGGGAAGCUGAACACGCUGGCUGCCGUGGUCACUGUCUUCUACCUGGUGGCCUACGCCGCAGUGGACCUGUCCUGCCUGAGCCUGGAGUGGGCCUCGGCCCCCAACUUCCGCCCCACCUUCAGCCUGUUCUCCUGGCACACCUGCCUGCUGGGGGUGGCCUCCUGCCUGCUCAUGAUGUUCCUCAUCAGCCCUGGCGCCGCCGGCGGCUCCCUGCUCCUCAUGGGCCUGCUCUCCGCCCUGCUCACGGCGCGGGGAGGCCCCAGCAGCUGGGGCUACGUCAGCCAGGCCCUGCUCUUUCACCAGGUGCGUAAGUACCUGCUCCGGCUGGAUGUCCGGAAGGAUCACGUGAAGUUCUGGCGACCCCAGCUGCUGCUCCUGGUGGGGAACCCCCGGGGCGCCCUGCCUCUGCUGCGGUUGGCCAAUCAGCUCAAGAAGGGGGGACUCUACGUGCUGGGCCACGUAACCCUGGGCGACCUUGACUCCCUGCCCUCAGACCCUGUGCAGCCGCAGUAUGGGGCGUGGCUGAGCCUGGUGGACCGAGCCCAGGUGAAGGCCUUUGUGGACCUAACCCUCUCGCCCUCCGUGCGCCAGGGGGCUCAGCAUCUGCUGCGAAUCUCGGGCCUGGGGUCUGGGUGGCUGUUACCCUGGGGAUUGAGGCCAUGAGCUUGAUUGAUCAGGGCGUCUGGUUUGC